AUGGAGCCCCAAGGCUCCCUCCCAGGGGCGCCCUCCCAGGGGCGGUGGGUGCUCCCCUGGGACCUUCCCGGGGGUAGUGGUGCCCACAGGAGCCCCCCCAGGGACGCCCUCUGGGGCCUUACCAGAGACGGUGACUCUCCCAGGUGCCAUCCCGGAGGCAGUAGCGUACCCAGGGGUUGUGACAUCGGUGUUGGUGCCCCCAGGGGCUCUUGCGGGGACAGCAGCGACCACAGGGGCCUUCCCAGGGACAGUGGUACCCUCAGGGGCCCUUCCAGGGAAAGUGAUUUCCACAGGGGCCCUCCCAGAGGCGAUGGCGUCCCCAAGGGCCCUUCCAGGGGCGGUGGCGGUCGCGCCCCCAGGUGCCCUUGCAGGGACAGUGGCGCUCUCAGCGGCCCUCCCAGAAACAGCAGCGCCCCUAGGAGCCCUUCCAGGUGCGGUGACGUCUGCAGGAGCCCUCCCAGAGGAGGUGGUGCUCCCUGUAGCCCUCCCAAGGGCUCUGCGAGGGGCGGUAGUGCUAACAGGGGUCCUUCCAGGUGCGGUGACGCCCCUAGAGACGUUGGUACCCCAAGGGACCCUGCAAGGGACGGUAGUGCCCCCAUGGUCCCUCCCAGGGGCGACGGUGACCCUGGGACCAUUCCAGGGGUCCUGCUAGAGGUUGUGGUGCCCACAGGAGCUCUCCCAGGGAUAGCGGUGCUCCUAAGGGCCCUGCCAGGGGCGGUAUCGUCUCCAGGAGCCCUCCGAGGGGCGGUGGCGCCCACUGGAGAUGUACCAUGGGCAUUGCCCGAGGCAAUGGUGCCCCUCAGGGGCCCUUCCAGAAACAGGGACGCUCUCAGGGCUCCUGUCAGAGGUGGUAAUGCCACCAGGUUCCCUGUCAGGGGCGAUGGAGCCCCAAGGGUCCUUCACAGGGACGACGGCGCCCAAUUGGAUCUCCCAGGGGUAGUGGUGCCAACAGGAGCCCUCCCAGGGACGCCCUCUGGGGCCCUGCCAGAGGUGGUGACUCUUCCAGGUCCCAUCCCAGAGGCAGUAGCGUCCCCAGGGGCUCUGAUAGGGGCUCUGGUGUCCACACCGGCUCUUGCGGGGACAGCGGCGCCCACAGGGGCCUUCCCAGGGACAGUGGUACCCUCGGCGGUCCUGCCAGGGAAGGUUUUGACGCCCCCAGGGGCCGUUGCAGGGACAGUGAAGCUCUCAGCGGCCCUCCCAGGGAGAGCAGCGCCCGUAGGAGCACUGCUAGGGGCGGUGGUGCCCCCAGGAGCCCUUCUAGGGGCUGUGACUUCGGCAGGAGCCCUCUCAGAGGCGGUGGUACUCCCUGGAGCCCUCCCAGGGGCCCUGCCAAAAACGCUAGUGCUCCCAGGGGUCCUUCCAGGUUCGGUGACGCCCCUAGGGGCGUUGGUACCCUAA